AUAUCGAUAUUUUCAAGUACUUCAAAAAUUAGGUUAGGGUUAGUUCAUUAUUUAUGUGACCGCAAAGGGACGGAAGGGAGAAGUUUACAUAUUUAUAUGUGUGGUAGAUUGAAAUAAAUGUUUUAUUUUGUAUGAGGGUAGAGGUAACAAAUUUAAACAUAUAUUGCUUCAUUUUCCUUUAGUAUGUAUAUAGUUGUCACUAUAUGCAUAUUGCAUGUUUUAAAAGUAAACUCUGAUUUACUUGAAAGAUUCACAUUGAAAAGCAAUAUUUAGAGCAUUAGAUAGAAAAAUUAUUAACUGAUAAUAUUGGCGAUCCGUAUUCAAGUAUAAUAUCUAAUCUCUCAAGUACUUAUAAAAGUAAAGAUGUCAUCUGGUCGGAAAUGUAAAAAUUGUGGGGGUUCAGAUAUUGAAGUAGAUCCAGCUAGAGGGGAUGCUGUUUGUACAACAUGUGGAUCUGUUCUUGAAGAUAGUAUUAUCGUUGCUGAAAUCCAAUUUGAAGAAGGUGGACAUGGCACCAGCAGUGCUAUUGGUCAAUUUGUCUCCACAGAAUCUAAAGGAGGUGCUACAAAAUUUGGAGCAUCAUUUCAUGUUGGAGAUAGUGUUGAAUCAAGGGAGAUCACAAUAAAAAAGGCUAGAACAGGAAUAACACAUCUGUGCAAUCAAUUAAGGCUAAAUCAACAUUGUAUAGAUACAGCAUGUAGUUUCUUUAAAAUGGCCCUAUCCAGAAACCUUACUAGAGGCAGGAGGUAUACUCAUGUACAUGCUGCAUGUGUUUAUUUAACUUGUAGAACAGAAGGUACAGCACAUUUACUUAUAGAUAUAAGUGACGUACUACAAAUAUGUUGCUAUGAACUUGGAAGGACAUAUUUAAGGUUAUCUCAAGCCUUGUGUAUCAAUAUACCAGCAGUGGAUCCUUGCUUAUACAUUUUAAGGUUUGCAGCAAAACUACAAUUUGGAUCAAAAACACAACAGGUUGCUAAUACUGCUUUACGAUUAGUUCAAAGGAUGAAAAGAGAUUCAAUACAUUCUGGAAGAAGACCAUCAGGAUUAUGUGGAGCAGCAUUAUUAAUGGCUAGUCGACUUCAUGAAUUCAACAGAUCACCAGCUGAUAUAGUUAAAAUAGUUAAAGUACAUGAAUCAACAUUAAGAAAAAGAUUAAUGGAGUUUGGAGAAACCCCAAGUAGUGCAUUAACUUUAGAUGAAUUUAUGACAGUAGAUUUAGAAGAAGAACAGGAUCCUCCAUCUUUUAAAGCUGCCCGUAAAAAGGAUAAGGAGCGAUUGCUAAAGUUAAUGGAGGAGGAAGGUGAACAAUUCACAGAUUUGCAAAAAGAAAUCGAGUUACAACUGGAAAAUAAAAAAAGAAAAAGAAUUAAACCAAUGAAACUGACUUCAAAAGUUAAUGAACAAUUAGAAACAGAUUUAUUUAUUCAAGAGUCUACUUUAGGAACAUUACAAAAAUUGAUGGAUGAUGAAAUUAUUUCUGAUGCAUCAGGUGGAGGUUUGGGGCCAGAUAUUUCAAGUAUUGGUCUGCCAAAUUCUUUAGAAGAUACCUCUAAUGCUUAUCAUCCUCCAGAUGAAUUAGAUCUUGAUAUGAAUUUUGAUGAUUUGAACGAUGAAGAAUUAGAUACAUAUAUAAUGUCAGAGCAUGAAUUUGAGAAUAAAAAAACUUUAUGGUAUAAAAGAAAUGCAACAUAUUUAGAAGAACAAAAAAUUAAAGCAGAUAAAUUGCAAAAAGAGAGAGAGGAAGGUAAACCAGACAAGAAAAGGAGAAGAGUAUCAAAAAAGAAAACUAUAGGACCAGCAAAUUCUGCUAGUGAAGCCAUAGAAAAAAUUCUUCAAGAGAAAAAAGUUUCCACAAAAAUUAAUUAUGAUGUUCUUAAAAGUCUGAAUGUAGUCUCUGUUCCAAAUGAAACAGUUGCUGUUGAUGCAGAAGAUAUAACUACUUCGGAAUCUAUUAAACGAAGGAGGCUUUCUUCAGUCCAUAAACAAUCAUCUGAAAAAACAUCAAAACGGAAGACAGGAGCUUCCAUUGGUUUGCCAGUAUUUGAUGAUAAGAAAAAGAAGGAAACUGAGGAUAAAGCAGAUUCUAAAACUGAAUCAUUACAAAAGAAAGAUGAUGUUAAUAUAUCUGAAGAUGAAGAAGAAUAUUAUGAGGAAGAACAAGGGGAAGAUGUUGAAGAGUCCGUUAAUGAAAUUGGAGUACUUCAGAUGCUUCGUCAACAUAGGGAGGAUGAGGAUGAAGCUGAUUAUAAUUUCGGGUACUUCGAAGAACCAGAUUAUUAAAAAUAUAAGUAUUUUCAACUUUUAGCUUCAAAACUGCUUACUUGUAUAGAUAAUAUUUAUUUAUGAAAAUAUUUUUUUCACUACAUUAAUACUUGUGAUCCAAUUUUUUAACAAAAAUGUAUAUAUAUUUUCAAGACUGAAUAUAUAACCAAUAGGUAUUAGGGCUUUCUACUUUUACUAUGUUACCAUUGGUGAUAUACUGAAUAAUACUGUUUACUACCACUACACCAGUGCCUAAAAUUAUAGUGUCUGGUCCUUUGAGCUUCCAUGUAAUUAUAAGCGUUGGUGUAUUGGUAAAUCAGUUUUUAGUUGAAAAAAUAUAAAAUUGAAAAUGUGAUUUGUAUAUUUGGAAUUACUAUUAGAUUGAUUUUGUAUUGGAAGGUAAUUAUUUGAAUUGAUAGGCGAAAAGGGAUUUUAUCUAUAGCCUUUAAAAAUGUUCAGCUCUCUACUUUUUUUCAAUUUCUUGUACUUAAGAAUUUAGUUUAAAAAACCAUUGGAGAAAUUGUAUUAUUCUUGCAUUUAUGUAACAUAUGUUUUAUAUAGAGAUUUGACUACAAACAAAAUAGCCCAAAAUGUUGCAAGUUGAAAAUUCUUUUUAUUGUUAUUAUUGACAUAUUUUUACUUGUUUUGUCGAAACCUUGUUUUAAUAAAUUAAUUUAUUGUA